UGUAACGCCUCACAAUCCUUCCUACCCGUGAGUCCGUGACCGAUUGUGUAUCAUCCAUCUUCUUUCUUCUUCUUUCUUCUUCUUUCUUCUUCUUUUAUAUAUAAACCAAAAUAUAAUUCGUGAAGACUUUCACUUUCUCCUUGCCACUUUUUGACGAUUCACAUGCACCAUCCAAUAUUUUAGUGCCCUUUUCACGACAUAUCUGUGUCUGUAUCCAAUUUUCUUAUUUACUACUACUUUUUUCUAUUUAUAUAUACAAAAAUAAUCAAAGAGAGAGACGAAUUUUCGAGGUAAGGUAUCUAUCGACUUUCUAUCUUCCUCCACCUUUGUUUGUUGUCACCACCACACUACGCUAAUCAUUGCCACACACAUGCAUAAUUCUCUCCAACCAUCUAAAAGUCCCACUUUAGCAUUCUUCUGUUUGUAAUUUUAUCUCAGAGCUUGCUUCAUGGGCUUUUGAGUUUUCUCUCUGUUUCCAAAAAACAAUGGAACCGGAGAAGAAUCCGACCACAGUAUUGAGUGCCAUUACAAGACCUUCGUGGGCGUUUCUUCUCCUUGUUUUCACCGUCUUAGCGAUUCUCUCUCUCCAAAUCUCUUCCAAUUCUUUUCUCCCUCUCUGGAUCCCGACUUCUCAAUAUGACGACCCUGUUACCUGCUCCGGGUUUUUCAAUCACGACCCGUUCCCUAACCGGAUCGUUAUGUCGAUUACCGAUUUCGGCGGUGUUGGAGACGGAAAGACGUCGAACACGGCCGCUUUCCGCCGCGCCGUAAGGCACCUUGAAGGUUUUGCGGCGGAGGGUGGGGCCCAGCUCAAUGUCCCGGAGGGCACGUGGCUUUCUGGAAGCUUCAACCUCACCAGCAAUUUCACGCUCUUUCUCGAACGCGGCGCUCUCAUUUUGGGAUCCAAGGACCUAGACGAAUGGCCGAUAAUAGAGCCAUUGCCUUCUUAUGGAAGAGGGAGAGAGAGACCUGGUGGUAGACACAUCAGCCUCAUUCAUGGAGACAAUCUCACUAAUGUUGUCAUUACAGGAGAAAAUGGGACAAUUGAUGGACAGGGGAAAAUGUGGUGGGAGUUAUGGUGGAACAGAACAUUGGUGCAUACGAGAGGCCAUCUUAUUGAACUCAAGAACUCUCAUAAUAUCCUCAUCUCUAACCUCACUUUGCUCAAUUCUCCUUUCUGGACAAUCCAUCCUGUUUAUUGCAGUAAUGUUGUUAUUAGAAAUAUGACCAUCCUUGCUCCGAUGAAUGCUCCUAACACCGACGGUAUAGAUCCAGACUCAAGCACCAAUGUCUGCAUUGAGGAUUGUUACAUCGAAAGUGGUGAUGAUCUUGUAGCUGUAAAGAGCGGGUGGGAUCAAUAUGGAAUGGCUGUGGCACGUCCGAGUUCAAACAUCGUAAUCCGAAGAAUCUCUGGUACUACUCGCACUUGUUCAGGAGUUGGGAUAGGCAGUGAGAUGUCUGGUGGGAUUUUCAACAUAACCGUUGAAGAUAUUCACGUCUGGGAUUCUGCGGCUGGGCUCCGCAUAAAAACAGAUAAAGGGAGAGGUGGGUACAUUUCGAAUAUCACCUUUAAUAAUGUGUUAUUGGAGAAAGUGAAAGUUCCGAUUAGAUUCAGCAGUGGCUCAAAUGAUCACUCAGACGAUAAAUGGGAUCCGAAAGCUCUUCCGAGAGUAAAAGGGAUUUACAUUAGCAAUGUUGUGAGUCUGAAUUCGAGAAAGGCCCCUAUGUUGCUCGGUGUUGAAGGCACAUCGUUUCAAGACGUAUGCUUGAGGAAUGUUACGCUUCUUGGGUUACCGAAGACCGAGAAAUGGAAAUGCAAGGAUGUUUCUGGUUACGCGAGUGACGUUUUUCCUCUGUCAUGUCCACAGUUGUUGCAGAAGAAAGGUUCAAUAGCUCAGUGUUCAUAUAGAUGAGGUUUGAGAAAGUUUUUUUUUUUGGGUAAAGAUAGAGAGAGGAGGCCAUGAGUUCGAUCAAGUUUUUUUGAGUGAAGAUUCAUGGUCACUUACGAAAAAUGUUAAAUCUUGGAUUUCCUUUUUCACAUUUUUUUGUUCGUGUUUUGAAUCUUGAUUCUUUUUAUACAUACAUUGUGUAACGAAAUAUACUUUGAAUUAUUCCAUAAAAGAUUUUUUCUUAUUCAUUUUUACCG